CAUUCGGAAGCCACGCCCGUCCAAACGCGCUCAAGGAAACCAACGACAUUGACAGCAUUUCCUACUGUUGUUUACUAACAUUUCACGCAAGCUGCAAAGCUGUAGUUUGAUUCUGCUUAAACUUUUGAGAUGGCUUCCAGCUUCAGGAAACCCAGUGCCACCACGAACCAGCGGAAGAGAGCAGGCCCCAAACCAGAACUGACGGAAGAACAGAGGCAGGAGAUCAAAGAGGCGUUCGAUCUGUUUGACACAGACGGGUCUGGAAACAUAGAUGUAAAGGAACUGAAGGUUGCUAUGCGAGCUCUGGGGUUUGAGCCGAAGAAAGAAGAGAUUAAAAAGAUGAUUGCUGAUAUUGAUAAAGAAGGAUCAGGUGUAAUCAGCUUCAAUGAUUUCCUUUCUAUGAUGACACAGAAAAUGAGUGAGAAGGACUCGAAAGAAGAAAUCCUGAAGGCUUUCAGGCUAUUCGAUGACGACUGCACCGGCAAAAUCUCUUUCAAAAAUCUCAAGCGGGUGGCGAAAGAGCUCGGGGAGAACCUCACGGACGAGGAGUUACAGGAAAUGAUCGACGAGGCCGACAGAGACGGUGACGGAGAGAUUAAUGAGCAGGAGUUUCUACGGAUAAUGAAAAAGACCAGUCUGUACUAAAUCCCUCCUUCAUGAAAGCUAUUAUAUCUAUAAGCCUCUUAAAGAACUUAGUGUUGUUUUGUGUUGCCUUCUUUUCUUUUUUUACAAGGUUGUAAAAACGUUUUAAUCUAUACAUAUUUUGUACAGUAUUAAAUAAAAAUGUAUUUGCAUUUGUGUGGUCUGUCUCCAGAAGUGUACACAAUAUUUACGAAUAUAUAAAAAUGUAGGAUAUCCUUUUGAGUUUCGAGGCUUAAAGUGGAAAUCGCCAAGUGUUUGCCCAUAAAAAAAUAUACUCUUCUUGGUCUUCAGCAACUUUUUUCUAAUAAAAUCACAUAAACAGCAUUCAUAUAAAACUCAAAUAAAAUAUUUUGCAUAUAGGGAAUAUCCUUUUUACACUAGAAAGUACUGAGCCAAAUAAUGUUAAAAUAAUACUUAAAAAAAAAACAGGAGUGUAUAUGAUAAUAAAUCCAUGCAGUACCCAUUGUGACUUAUAGAGGGUAAUCUUACGAGAUUUUGCUCAUAUUUACGAUUGUUAUUAUUUUUUUUAAAAUUAAUUAAUGUAUUGCUUUCAAAUUUUAAAAGAACAUUGCGGGCUGAUAGAUAGACAGAUAGACAGACAGAUAGAUAGAUAGAUAGAUAGAUAGAUAGAUAGAUAAAUUUUCAGCCAGCGAUUGACAACAUCCGUUAAAAACCAAAUAUAACACGAGUUGACUGUGAUAUUUGCAUUUUAGUUUAAGAUGAAAUAAAGGUCAAAUCGAGAGUGAGUGUUGAACUGGGAAACACCUCGACAUGCGUUGGAUUUUUUAACUUUCCCACGAAUACACUAAAACCAGAAAAACUGACAUUUUAAGAAGUCGUUAAAAAAAGGGUUUGUUAAAGUGCUCAUCCGCCCAUGCAGUAAUACAAAUUCUGUCAUCGUCUAUUCACCCUCAUGUUGUUCUAAACCUGUGUGCAUUCAUUUCUGCUAAACAUGAAAUAAGAUUAUUUCUAUAUGUUGUUAACCAAACAGUUUCAAUUCCCAUUUUUUUGUCCAUGCCAUGGAAGUCAAUGGGAACCGAAACAGUUCAGUUACUAACAUUCUUUACAAAAUCUUUUGUUCCAAAAGGUGAAUGAAUUAUCACUGAUUUUUCAUUUAAAGUCUGAGUUAAGGUAGGAUUUAAAUGUAAAUACUGAAGCUGUCAAAUCGAUUAAUUGUGAUUAAUUGCAUCCAAAAUAAAUGUUUGUGUUUACAUAAUA